AUGAAUCAAGACGGCUCAAACUUACCGCAUAAGCAUUCUUUUAUGGGACCGCAAAAUCAAUUGGAUCUAAAUGCGUAUAUGAAUCGAAAUCAACCAUCUGGCAACAAUAACUUUUAUCGAUUUCAACCAAUUUCAUCGCAUCUGAGAGAACAUCUUUUAGGUCCAUUAACUGGCUCCAUAAUAGGAUUAACAAAACCACCCGAAUAUGAUGAACCGGAUCCUGAAUGCAAUCCUAGAUUGCAACUCUUCAAAGAUUCAAUGGCUGUAAUAAAACCUCUCAUGUCAUCCAAAACAUCACAUUUAUUAACAUCACAAAUAACAGAGAAACCUUCAUCGAUAUUAAAUAAAAAAAUGAGAAAAGAAGAUAACUUUACCACUGAAAAUGAUCACAUCAAAAGGCCAGUCCCAAGAAAACCUCAUAGUUUCUCAGGUGGAUCAGAUCAAUUCACUUUUGGUUCCAAUGAGUUUUCAUUGCCAGCAGUACAAAGUUCAAGAAUGAGCAGUGGUAAAACAAACAACAGAUCGAUAUCAAUGUUAGCAAUGAAUAAUGCAACAAAAACUGAUAAUGAAAUUAUCGCAUUAAAAGAGCAAAUUGAUUCUCUCUACUCAAAAUUGGACGAGAUUCAGCGCAAAUGUGACACAACAAUUCAGAAUUUGAAAGAAAAUAAAGAAAGUAUGCUCAAAAAUAGCAACAAUAUCACUAAUAUUGAUGGUGACAGCUAUGAAACUAACAGUACUACAAAAUCCAUUAGCUGUACGACAAACGAAAAUCCACAGAUUGAUCAAUUUACUACAACUAGCAAUCAAAGCGAUGGAAGGAUAUUGAAGCAGCCAAUCAAUGGAGUGAUAUGUUCAGUGAAUUCUGCAGAAGAGAAGAAAUUGGAACUAUCGGGAAAAUUGUUCGAUACGUGGGAAAAUAAUAAUGGUCAAUUUAGAAAUGCAGAGCUAAAAACUUCUAGAAUUUGCGAGAAAAAAAUUUCAAAUGAAAGAAAAGAGGACGAUGAUAUUAUUUUGGUGGACUAUUCUCAAGAAAUGACCAAAGAACAAUUAGAAUAUAAUAAUCAAAAUUCCAUAAAUAAUCAUCUUGAUGUGUGUAAUUCUGUAAUACCAACUGAGACAAACAAAAAUCCUAAUUCAAGCGAAAAAUGUGAAUUGCGAUCUUUUGAUGAUAGAAUGUUAAAGAAGGAAGAGGAUAAAUUAAAAGAUCAGUAUAGUAGUAGAGCUUCAUAUAAAACGGAAACAAAAGAUACUAUAAUUGCAGUUAAACGAAUUCACGAAUGUUGGGAUGCCACAUAUCCUUCAUCUCCUCAUAUUAAAAUGACAAAAGAGAAUUUUGAUACAAAUAUUCAACAUGAAAAAAUAAUCGAAAGUAGUAUACCUCAUUUGCCUCAAGCUAAUCAUUUCUUACAAACACCAACAUCAAUGAUUGGAUUUCAACAACCAAGAAUCGCUUUCCAACCACCCGUACGAUUUGGACCGAUGUUAUGCUUUUCGAAUAUUCCAUCAUCUACAGAAAAUUAUUCAUAUUUUACGCAUCCACACAAUUCAUUCUCACAAUCAGAACCAGUUCCAUUCUUAACAUCAAAUCAUUUACCAAAACAAUUCAUACCAACGAUGACCGCUCCAAUGCAGGCCUAUCAACACCAUCCAAAUCCCCUCCUAAAUAUUCAAUUUCCACCAGUUGGUAAUACAAUGAAUGCUACCACAAACUGUCCAACAACUAAUACACGAUCACAUAAUAAUUAUAUGGCCAAAUGUAAAUUAUCACUUAAAAAUAGAAUAAUGUCAACAACAGUUAAAAGGAAGCCAAUGAAUUCGAAAUUACGAAAUGCAAGUGCACAAACAAUUCCGCCAGCAAAUAGUGGUAGUACUAAUGUUUCAAAUGUUAUCAGUUUUGAUCAUUUGACAAACGAACAAAACGUUCCUAAGAAUCUGAUCUAUUCAUUGCAACUGCCAACAUAUCAACAAAUGCUGGAUAUGAAAAAACAAAGCAUUCCAAUGGGAAACUUGGAAACACUUUCAAGAAAUGAAGAAUUACAACGAAUCCAGAAUACGUGCGAUGCUCUUACGAUACCUCAUUCUACAACGAUGAACAAUUAUAAUUGCUUUCUGUGA